ACUUAUAGAGAGUUAAUCACCAAAAUAAUUCGUCUUGAACUAUAUAGCAGAAUUCAAUCUCUCAACUUUAAAAAAACUUUCAACUUUCACAUUUUCUGUAAAUGAAAUCCGGUUUAGAAUUACAAAUGGAAGAAUGUUUGAACAUAUAAAGCUACAAAAGUGUAAACUAGCUAAAACGGAAAAUUAGAGUCGACUAAUUGAGAAAUUAAUUGUCUAAAAAUAGUAAAUAAAUAUGCUCAGCCCAUAUGAAAAGAUCUUCCUUAUUAUCACAAGAAGAAAAGAGAAGAGAAACUUAUUGUAGCAGUUGAACUAUAAAACUAACAGAGAAGGAAAAAAAAAACAGAGCAACGAGUCCAACAAAACACGAACUGUGUGUCCUAUCUAUCUCAUUGGUCCUCUUCUCCUUUCUACUUUCUUGUUUCUUGAUCCUAGAAAAAUGGCUCUGAACAGAGUGUGUUCCGAAGAAUUUAGUUUUCCAUUGCUCGCUUCCCGAGUUUCCGGCAUCGGUUCACCUCCACUGUGGAAACCCUCGCCGGAGAGAGGUUGGGCGAGACCAGUCAUCGGAAGGGACGGUGAUAACGAUCUGUCGAAGAGCUUCUCUUAUGUGGAAAGAAGGAGAAGUCUUUGGACAGAUAAAGCAGAGGAGAAAAUGGAUAUGUUGUGGGAAGAUCUUAACGAAGAACUGCCCCCGAGGAGAAGCCAGAGUCUUAGGAACGAGCUCAGCGGAGAUGGUGGAGAGAAGAAAUCGUCUUUGUUAAUCGACGAGAGUUCCGCCGUGGCCGUGGGAUGCGGGAUGAAGUUAACGAAGCAGAAGAAGAAGAAGAAAAGUCCGAACGUGUUGGUGUUGAUGAGGGUUUUGAAGAAGCUUCUUGUUUUACGAAGUUCGUCUCAGAGAUCGCCGGCCAAAACUCAUCCGCGGUGAAUGCUCUCAUAACUUUGAAUUGAGGGGUUCUUCUGUAGAAUUCAAAAGCUACGUGUCUUUUGUGGAGAUUGAUACUUUAAUUGUCUCAAAAAAAAAAGCAAAACAAAUGAAUUUAUAAGGUAAAAAAAUAGAAGAGGGUUAGAAUAAGAGGGUUCAAAUAGCUAAUAGUAUUUUUUUUUUUUUUUGUUUCACAUAAAGGUAAAUUUUAUAAAGCUUGCAUUAAGUUUGGUUAUUAUGAUUUUACCGCCAGAAUACAUUAGUUCUAUUUGAAGCAUUCUA